AUGGAAUACCUAGGACACUUCAUUUAUGCUGAAGGUGUGGCCACCAAUCCUAAAAAGAUUGUUGUUGUUUGGGAAUGGCCAAAUCCUAAUAUUGUGAAGGAGAUGAGGGGAUUCAAGAUUUUUCAGAAGGUAUGGUUGGAUAACAAGCUCCUGGCUGAUCUUUUUAGGAAAGAAGGGUUUAUCUGGAAUAACAAGGCAACAAUGACUUUCAACCAGCUCAAGGAAGCUUUCAUAAGUGCACUUGUACUCAACUUACCUAGCAACAUUCUAAAGUUUGUAGUGAUGAUUGAUGCAUGUGACACCGGAAUUGGGACAUUCUUGAUGCAAGAAGGGCACCCUCUAGCUUAUCAAAGCUAG